UUCAGUCUAUGCUUACAGCUACUCCGCGAAAUCUAUUGGCAGCGCUGAUAUUAUAGUCCAUUGUUUGAACCGGUAUUGGCUGCAGUGGGUCGAUGUGUAUUUUUGUAUUGGUCCACAUUUCUGCAGCACUCCGUUAUGAUUGGAUAAUUACAGCGGGCUACCCGUGCUUUCAAUCUCCGUCUGACGGCGAAGCACACAGAGCUUUCUCUCUCUGCUGCGGAUCGCAGAGGCGUCCAAGAGCAACUUGUUUUUUUGUUUGUGUUUCCAGAUCUUGCGCUCAGGCAGACGCUUGAAUUAUAUCUUCUCGAAGACACACUGACGGGCUCUGGGAGAUGAGCUGUGAAUCUGUUUGAUAUUUUGUUCCAGGUUUUGGUAUUUAGGCGGGGAGCUGCGGGAUGGAGACUGUGGGAGACUGCAGGCUUCCCUCCCCUCGUCUGAAGCUUUUCCACUCAGGGACUUCCACCUUCACAGGGAGGUACUAAUUCAAUGGGGAAAAGGGCUGAACGACAAAUAUCUGCAGUUUUUCAUUCACGAUCGACCGGUUUUCAGGUGCUCUUUUCGGGUUAAGUGUUCUGGAAGACGUCGUCUCAAAGUUGGGCGAAAUGAAAACACUUAAGACUCGUUCUUAUGCAGCCUUCAAACUGAUAGAUAUAUUGUCAUAAGGGAACAUCGUGAGCUUUAUAGAUCCUGAAUGGAAAUCGCGCGCGCGGAUCCAAACUUGUUCAGCCUUGCCUGAAGUAACAGCGACGGUCUGUGAGUUGAACUUCUUGGACGGUGCGGUCGCUGAGAUGGUGAGCUUUCAGCGUGCCCCACCUGGACUGUCCCAGUGAACGGAGAGUUACCAAUGGCGUAAUCAUCGACUUGCUCUGUUUGCAAUGGAUGAUAAAUCCAACAAACUCCUUCUCAUCCCUGUCCUGGCCGUUCUGUUCGUAAUGAUCGGCUAUCAGUACAUCUGUCCAGCGGACAGUACGUCUUGUCGGCUCCGGAGCGGACAGAGCUCUGGCGCGUUCAGCCCUUUGCUGUCCCAAUACUCGCCGGGGCUGGACGGCGACGCGGACGCGCGAGAGCCGGACGAGCAGGGUCCAGGGACGUUUCCGUCCAAGUUCAACUUCACCAUUGAAGACCUCGAGCGCCACGUGGAAUUCGACAUCAAGGGCAGCGACGUGAUCGUAUUCCUGCAUAUACAGAAGACCGGGGGCACCACGUUCGGGAGGCACCUGGUGAGGAACAUCCACCUGGAGCGGCCGUGCGACUGCAAGCCCGGCCAGAAGAAGUGCACGUGCCACCGACCUGGCAAAGCAGAUUCGUGGCUCUUCUCGCGCUUCUCCACCGGCUGGAGCUGCGGUCUGCACGCGGACUGGACCGAGCUGACCAGCUGCGUGCCCGCUGUCAUGAACAAAAAGCAAAGAAAAGACGUGCCGCAGCAGCGAAGGAACUUCUACUAUAUCACGCUGCUGCGGGACCCUGUGUCCCGUUACCUCAGCGAAUGGAAGCACGUGCAGCGUGGCGCCACGUGGAAGACGGCGCUCCACAUGUGCGACGGUCGCCCGCCCACACCCGCCGAGCUGCCCGCCUGCUACAGCAGCGAGGACUGGACCGGGGUGUCCCUGGCUGACUUCAUGGCCUGUCAGUCCAACCUGGCCAACAAUCGCCAGACGCGCAUGCUGGCCGACCUGAGCUUGGUCGGCUGCUACAACCUGUCUUCUAUGAGCGAGGGCCGGCGGGCCGAGCUGCUGCUGGACAGCGCCAAGCGCAACCUGCAGCGCAUGGCCUUCUUCGGCCUGACGGAGUUCCAGCGCAAGACGCAGUUUCUGUUCGAGAGGACGUUCGGCCUGCGCUUCAUCGCGCCCUUCACGCAGAUCAACAGUACGCGCGCUGCGGGCGUGGCCGUGGAUCCGGCCGUGCGCCUCCGCAUCGAGGGGCUCAACGCGCUGGACGUGCAGCUGUACGAGUACGCGCGCGAGCUCUUCCUGCGACGCGUGCAGCACUGCCACCAGCAGGAGAGGCGCAGGGAGAGAGCGAGGAAAAGAGAGCAGCGUAGGAGGAUGUGGGAGCACAGGGCCUCGCAGCUCAGGCAAUGGGGAGGGGAGGAAGAGGAGGGUAGGGAAGAAGAGGGGAAGGAGAGGAUCAUGGGUGUUACGGAGGACUACAGCAGUCAGGUGGUGCGAUGGUGAAUCUGUACCUCUCUGUCUCUCUCCCUCCUUCCAUUUCAAUACUGUUUUUAACUGGCCCUCGUUCACUUGCUCAGUGUUGACAAUAGUGUUUGCUAUGGAGUGGACUUAGGAAAGAGCACGACUGACAGAACGACUCACAGAUUUACUGCUGUGAAUUCAAACAACGCGGCAAAAAAGCUGAUCGCUACACAGCAAAGUGCACUCUUUUCUAAUAGGGAGCACAGCUUUGGCCUCACCAUUUCCCCCUAUGGGGAAUUCCUUCCAAUACUGUAUUAUCUCAAGUAAAGUUUGUUCGAGUUGUGUUCACACUUAACCCCUUUCCUGUUUAAUUACUGUUAAAGUACAUAUCGCUGCUGUCGGAAGAAAACCUUGUAUCUCCAUGUUUGUUGAUUUUCAGUUUUUGACAUAAUCUGAAAAUGCCUGUUGGCCUUUAUAUUGUGUAAAUUUCAUGAUGAAUGGACCAAAAGAAACGGCCCAAAAUUACUUGGAAAAUAUUCUGGUUCCGCUGACUUCCAUUAAAAGUAAAGUAGGAUUUUUUCUUCUCCUGUAAAGUUAUCAUUUUGGAGAUACAAGAUUUUGUUCUGACAGCAGCGAUAUGUAAAGGGGGCUUUUCACAACUGUAGCCCUUUAACAGCAGUUUACUGGGAUGCUUGUGUUCACAUUAGCUAUAAAAUUCUCGAUGAACAGGACAUGAAAUCCUUAGCAUGAAUGUCCAACACCUCUUCAAUUUUUAAUCAUGUACUCCUGCUAUUUUUUCUUGUGCAAAAACUGAAAACUUUACUGUAAAAACAAAAAUAGAAACAUUCCACUUUGCCAGUGGUGCUGUUUUGCUUUUGCGCAGUAGUGACCACGCACACUCAAAGGGGCAUUUUCUUGGUGCUUGUCUUUAGCAGUAUGUCACAACAAUCAUCCAUCCCCAUGUUGCUUUCCAUUUACAAAAACUGAAAACUUGAAUGCAAAUACAACAGAAGCUGAUACAUUAUUUAGUUUUUUAUACAACUUUACUAGUAAUGUUCACACAUAAACCCGUGCGGUAAUUUUACAAGCAUUGUGCCAGGUUUUUUUUUGCUUCGUCAAUCUUCCCAGGAUUUCGGCUUCAUCUUGGGGUCACACUUAACCCCUUCCUGUUUAAUUAUUUUUAAAUACCCCCGUAAACACACAGGUGAAAAGGGCUUAUGAUAACCCCUUUGAGAGACAAGGGACUGAGUGAACAUAAAUCAUAGCGAUCUGAUGAAAUAUUAUUUUAUGUUACUAGCAUUUCUUUUCAAACCUUUUCAAACCCACAAGCCAGAGCAAUAAAAUACUUAAUAUUUAAAUUUUGUAAUAUUUAAUACACUAAAAUACUUAACAUUUCAAAACUAUUCUUGGCCACACAGCUAACAAAAAAGAAAAAAAAAUCACAGGACAACACACAACAGCUCUGAUUGUAAAAGCUGUACCCCUUUGUCCCCUGUUCCCCUCAUCCUAAGGGCGGCCACUUGUAUGUAAUGUAGGUGGUAUGCACUUCCGAAUAAUGAGACGAAGUAGGUGAGGGUGUGUUAAAAACAGUAUUCAUAUGCAGGGGUCUCUUUCUCUUUAUCUCUCUGUCUCAUUCUCAGCAGUUUAUUCAUCUUUUUCCAUCCUCCACUCCGCCUCUGUCUUGCUCUUUGAUGAGCGCUGCACCCAGGAGGUCUAUCACAGCGCUACUGCACAAGCCGUGUUGGUGUUUUAAUUUAUUCAGACAAAGGGAGAAAGAGUUUAAUGUACAUGUUUAUGAAAUAGCUUAACCAUCCCCAGCCACUGCUGCUGUAUUGUGGCUCUGUCUUUGUAAUGGAACAGAUACGACUUGGUAAUGACUUUAGAGUACAUUAAAGAUCGAUGUUAUCAAUUUGAUAACACAAUCACACACUCUGAAACAUUGUGAAAACAUCUUUUUUUAACAGAACAAAUGGAAUUUGUGUAUAUACUAUGUUAUCAUCUCUGAUUUCACUGGACUAGAUUAAUGAACCAGGAACAGGCCUGAACAUAUCAAUAUGUCUACUUGAAUUUUUAUUUUUUUUAUGUUAAAAUGUUCUCCUGGGAUUGUAAAACAUUGACAAUAUAAGCCUUAGAGGAGGAAAAUGACUAAGUGGAAGAAUUGUGGAUGAUUUGGGCCAGUGAUUAAUAUCGUCACUGCAAAUUGCUGUAAAUUGCUGUUAUCUAAGUGUACUUAAUGACUAAAAUAAAAAAAAAUCAUAAAUCCA